AUGCGGUUUCUAAAGUAUCUGAAGAGGAAUAUGCAUAUGCCCUACAGAUACAACUAUCUUGACUAUGAGUACCUAAGGAGCAUAUUACGAAGAGAAGUGUUUGCUGCAGAAGACGGAAGGGAGUUUGAGGAUGAGUUUGAGGCGAACAUCCGAAGGGUGUUUGGAUUUGUUGACUCGAAGCAUUUAGAGCUUUCUAGAAAGCUACAAGUACUUGAGAAGAAGGCCGGCGAUGCUUCGAGAAGAGGAACAAAGGAAAUAACCGAAGAGAUGCACCGGUUUGCCGAGUUCAUAAGGAUAAACACAAUAGGAUUUAAGAGGUUGCUUAGAAGGCACGACAAGUGCACGGACAAAAAGAUGUUUGCAUCAUACAGAGCAUUUCUGCGUGGGAAGCGUACUUCUGUUAAGGAUCUCGAUGCACUGAUAUACAAGGUAAGCAAAAUUUCGCUGAAGAAUAAAGAGUUAAAGAUAAAGAAGAAUGAAAGCGGCAGUGCAUUUAUCCGAAGAACAGACAAGUAUUGGGUUCACAAGGAAAAUGUAGUUCCAUUGAAGUUCUACAUUACACAGCAUCUUCCUAUUUAUGUAUUCGAUGGAAAGAACGAAGGCAGCCCAUACAGCUUAUGGAACAAGGAGACACAUGAUGCAUGUGUGUCAUCUGUAUACUUUGAUAACACAACAUUUGAUCUGUAUCAGGAAAGGCUACAGAAGCUUCAUCAUUCAGAAGCGAUUAGAAUACGAUGGUACACAUCCAGGGAUCCUGAAGUUGUGUUUAUAGAAAGGAAGAAGCAUGAGGAUGGAUGGACAGGAGAGACCAGCAAGAAGUUGAGGUUCAUGAUUAGUGAGGGGCAUGUGCUUGAUUUUAUCAAUGGCAAAGACGUAUGGGAGAAUGUGCAGAAACUGAACGAGGGUGAGGAUGUAAGGGCACUUUAUGAGGAGAUCCAAUCCUCGAUUGUUAAGAAGAAGCUUAGGCCUGUGGUUAGGACGUUUUAUAGGAGAAAUGCAUUUCAGCUUCCAACGGACUCAAGUGUUAGGAUAAGCCUGGAUAGCGAUCUCUGCAUGAUAAAGGAGUGCAUUGAUGCUGAUAUUGCAGAUCCUUCAUUUCCUAUAAGGAGAUGGAAGAGAAGCGACGUGAACUGCGAAUUUCCAUUCCGAGGAGUUCCCAGGGAUGAGAUUGUUCGUUUUCCCCAUGCAAUACUGGAGGUAAAAACACAAAACUUCGAUGAUACAAAGCCAGAUUGGAUUGAGGAACUCAUAAAUGGCCCGUUGGUUGAGCAUGUUCACAAAUUCUCGAAGUAUCUGCAUGGAUGUGCCGUUCUCUAUCCAUUUAUCCAAGACAUUCCGUAUUGGUUACCGCAGGUUAAUGUUGAUAUCAGAAAAGAUCCGUUCCAUCCGGAUGGCACCAGGAAGUCUUUUGAAAAUGCCGUUCUUGUAGACAUUCCUGCAGAAAGCGAUCCAAGCAACAGUGACAGGCUGAGCCCAAUAGAUGUGCAUGGUAAGAGAAUAUCGAUUCCUGUUCGUGUGGAGCCAAAGGUAUUCUUUGCAAAUGAGAGAACCUUUUUAUCUUGGGUUCAAUUUGCGAUCUUUCUCGGAGGAAUAGGCAGUGCUCUGCUUGGGCUUGGAGAUGAGAAUGCCAGUGUGUUUGGAUUGAUCCUGAUAGUCGUUGCGAUAAUAUUCUCGUUUUAUUCUCUAUACUUAUAUUUGUGGAGGGCAAACAUGAUAAGGAAAAGAGACCCUGGGCCAUACGACGAUAUAUACGGGCCUGCUGUUCUUGUGUGUGUGUUUCUUGUUGCAAUGGCGCUCUCUGUCUUCUUCAAAUUUCCACUAAAAAGGUUCUGA